GCUGAACCGAGGUUAGAGGUUAGGUUAUGAAAAGAUUAUAUAUGUUUACUUUUCGAUUCUGAAGUUUGGAAAUAGAAGUUUUUUUGUUGUACUAACAUAUUUCAAAACAAAGUUUUUUUUUUACACUUGAAGGAGGUCAUGGAAGCACUUCAAGAACAAGAACUACAUGAAAAUUCUAAGUGUGAAAUGAGGAACACUGUGAUUGUGACUGGAUUCGGGCCUUUUGGGAAUCAUACUGUAAAUGCCAGCUGGGAGGCUGUCAAACUCCUGCACACCACUGGUGUUGAUAAAGAACUUGGCAUUUGUCUGGUAACCGAAGAGAUCCCAGUAGCUUACAAUGAUGUGGGAAAGAAAGUUCCCACGUUGUGGGAUUCUCAUAAGCCGCUGCUCGUAAUCCAUGUUGGAGUGUCAAAUCUUGCAGAGAAGAUCACACUGGAAACAGCCGCUCAAAAGUCUGGUUACGAGAGAUGUGAUAUUUACGGCCAAACCCCAUCUUGCAAGGAAUGCUGCUUUGGUUCAGCCCCAGUGUUACAAUCUGAACUUGAUUUGUUGGAUGUAAAUGACAGAAUAAAUGCAUCAGCAGAAGUACAAGCAGAAAUAUCCAAGGAUGCUGGAAGGUAUUUAUGCGAGUACACAUAUUACACAUCCCUAAGUAUUGACAGUUCAAGAUCCCUUUUCAUCCAUGUUCCACCUCUAGAUGCACCUUACUCUGCCGAACAGCUUGCUAGAGGUUUGGCCGAUAUUAUCAGGUGUUUGGUGGAUCAGCUGCGUAGUAAGGCUAAACAUGUGUUGUCAGCAUAGAGCAAACAGUGGGCAUAAUAACAAUUGUUUCAGAGGGUGUCAUAAAAAUGUAGAGAGAAAGUACAAAAUGAAAUGUGCUGAACCUGAUUAUUAAAUGUACAAACCGGAUUACAAUGUGCAAUACAUCCAGAUUCAAUCAAUUUAGGUUUUCACGUGCCAGAAAGAUUCCUGAUCCUCGCAUGUCAGAAUUCUGAAUUCUGAUUCUCACAUAUAAGGAUUGUAAAUUCUGAUUCUUUGACACCAGGAUCAGUCUUAGUUAUUAUUUAGGCCUAUAGGUCGUUUGAAUUAUGUUUCUAAGAUUAUUUAUUUCAAUGCGCCUACCAAACAUUGAGUACCGUAUCUAAGAAACUAAAUAAGUCAGGGUUAUUAUACAGUAAGUGCCUAGUUUAAAACUAUAACCAAAGAGAAGAAUACAGGUAUGUCUACAAAUUAUAUAAUAUCUUAGUCAAUGUUUGACCAGCUAGUCUUCAAUGAUAAGAUAAGAAAAUAGUAUUUUCCUAAGUAAUCUGUGACCAGGAGUUUUGUUGAAGGCAUCUAUUAUAUGUGUAGACAUUAUGCCUUGUAAUUUUCUGCAAUCAACCAGAAGGCACAAAUAAUAUUUUAAUAAUAUUAAAUUUUUUAUAAAAAUAAACCAAACAUGUAGAAGAUUACUUACAUGCACUAUUAAUAGGAUAAGACCUUUGAAAUAAAUUACCAAAUAAAAUGUUGAUAUAUUGCACAAUACAUUCGUAUUAGACAGAAUUUAUUUAUUAUAUCAUUUAUUUUAUAUUAGUAUCAAGUACGGUGAUUGUUUUAUGAAUUGUAGUUUGUAGUUAGUAAUAAUAAUAAUAAUUCUUUUAUUGCAGUGGACAAAGUACAUUGCAUUACAAACGUCAAUAAAUAAUGUUUGUGAAAAAAUCCAUGUUAGAUCUUACAUUUUGUCACAAUUCACAAUAAGUGUCAAAAUUUUAUAUUAUGGUCAAAAAUAUUUAUACGUAUUUAUUUAUUUACUAUCAUUAUUAUAAUAUUAUUAAUAUAAAAAAUUUUUUUUAAAUGUAUUCAUUUAUAUAGGUAAUUUUUUAUAUAGUUUUUAUGAUUAGUAUAAUUUAAGCAAUGUACUAUAGUUCGGCCGCUUAGAAAGCGACCUCCUCCAGCAUUGGUUUAACAUUAGCGCGCAGGUCGUUUUCUAAGCGGCCGACCUAUAAUCUUACCUCUUAUAUGAACAUUAUAAAACUUAUUUAAGUAUUGAAGUUUCAAUUAAUCAAUUAUAAUUAAUUGAAACAAGUUUAACUAAAUGAUUGCAUUCAUUGUUGCAACUUCAUUGUAAUCAAAAUGUAUAACUAUAUGAAUUUAAUAUAGAUAAGUUGUAAAUUCAA